GAUUUUACAGGAAAACAACGUGACGAAAGUAGAAAUGUUUUCUCAAAAAAGAGGAAUUGGUGACCAACUCGGUGAAACCGUGGAUAAUAAAAUCGCUUUGGAACCGCAACCUAAACGUAGAAUAGAGAAGAAAUCUCGACUGACCGAUUUGCUAAAAAAUUCCCCAGACGUAAUAUCGGAAUAUCUAAUGGUCGAUGAAAAAUCUAAACAACGCCAGGCUGAAUUGGAAGAAGGCGAAGAAACCUUAAUCCAAACGAUAGAUUUGGAAAAUGCUCAUCAAGAAAAUGUGAUCCACAUGCCUAUCGAAGAUGCCAUGGAAGUCAUCGAUCUAGGCGCCAAGCCUAAUCCAGAUGAAGAACUGCAGUUUGUAGCUGCAGAUAAAAAAGAAGUCGAAGAAAGUAAACGCGGUCAAGAAGACGAUACAUUGGGAAAAAAUAAGUUGUGGACUUGGUUUACAAAAUGGUGUGUUUGCGCAGGGAAAAGCAAUAACGAGACAGUUUGACAUUAACUGAUCUGUUGAGUUUAUAUAUUUUGUAAAUAAUUAAAAUUUUAGCAGUUA